AUGUCUAUUUUCAAUAACUCUGAGGUCCCCUUUUUUCUGAUUGGAGUCCCAGGACUGGAAUAUGUCCACAUCUGGCUCUCCAUCCCCACUUGUCUCAUGUACCUGGCUGCCAUCAUGGGCAACAGCAUCAUUCUCUUUAUCAUAAAGACAGAGCCCUCAUGUCACAAGCCUGUGUGUUAUUUCCUUGCCAUGUUGGCCAUCUCUGACCUGGGCCUCUCCUUUUCCUCCCUUCCUACAAUGCUGAGAAUCUUCUUGUUUAAUGUCAUGGGAAUUUCACCCAAUGUCUGAUUUGUCCAAGAAUUCUUCAUCCAUGGAUUUGGUGUCAUGGAAUCUUCAGUGCUUCUAGUCAUGUCUUUGGAUCGCUUUCUUGCCAUUCACAAUCCACUGAGAUAUAGUUCCCUCUUCACUAGCAAAAGAGUUGCUAAAAUGGGACUGAUCUUAGCUGUCAGAAGCAUUUUAUUCAUGCUUCCAUUCCCCUUCACUCUAAGGAGACUAAAAUAUUGUCAGAAAAAUCUCCUGUCUCACUCAUUCUGCCUGCAUCAGGAUAUCAUUAAGCUGGCCUGCUCUGACAAUAAGAUCAAUGUUUUCUAUGACUUCUUUGUUGCUCUCUGUACAAUGCAGGACUUGGCAUUAAUUGUUGUGUCUUGCAUGAUUAUCUUGAAGACUGUGCUCAGCAUUGCAUCUCUGGCACAGAGACUCAAGGCCAUGAAUACUUGUGUCUCCCACACCUGUGCUGUGUUUGUUUUCUAUGUACCCAUCAUCACCCUAUCUGCCAUGCACUACUUUGCAGAGCACAAAGAUCUCCUCAUUGUAGUUCUUAUUGCAGAUAUAUUCUUGUUGUUGCCACCCCGAUGAACUCCAUUGGGUUGUGUAAAGACUUGACCAAUCUGGGAGAAGGUCUUGGGGAAGUUGUUGAUGAUAAGCAGGAGAUAA